AUGUAUUUUGGUACAAAAUAUGUAUUACUUGGGCCAUAAAGACUCCUUUUAUUCAAUCCAAUGUGCAAUAUCAAGCUUACAACCCAAUCCAGAAAAAACCAACCCAACCUAAAGUCCAGUCCAAUAGAAUUCAGCCCAAGCCCAUUUCAAAAUGAACACCUACCCAUUUCUCAACUGGGGUUUUUGAACUUGUGAUCUUCUUCAUUAACCAGCUUAAACCCUAACCCCUCCAAACCGGCCACCAUGUCGCUCCUCCGUCGAAUCCCCCAUAAACCCCAAAAUUCCCGAUCUGUCCUCACCUACGCCACCCGUUUCUUCUCGACCCAAAACCCUACCCUCACCCCUUUCCCUGACGUCCCCACCACCGCCUACUACGACAACCUGGUCAUCGCCGCUGGCCACUCCAGAGACUUCGACAACCUCCACUACCUCCUCAACAAGCGCGUCAAGGACCACUGCUUCAACACCACCAACACCUUCAGGUUCCUCACCAACACGGACUCCUCCCUCUCCGUACUCGACGACCUCACCAAAACCCUAGCGCGUCUCGACCGGGGGUUCACCCGCAAGAGCGCGUACGACUCGCUCAUCGCGCGUCUCUGUAAGAUCGAGAGGGUCGAUGAGGCGCUGCGCGUGGUGGAUUUUAUGGCGCGUGGCGACUACGGCCUCAACGCCUGCACCUUUCACCCGAUCCUCAACGUGGUUACCCGGAAGAAGAGAAUGGACGACGCGUGGGGCGUGGUGGAUCUGAUGAGGAGAGUCGGAGCCCCGCCGGAUGUCCCGGCGUUUAAUUAUCUGCUGAUGGCGUACUGUUUCUCCGGAGAUUUGGAAGCGACAGCCGGAGUGCUGACGAGAAUGGAAGCAGAGGGGAUGAGGGCGGACACGCGCACGUACGACGCGCUGGUUCUUGGCGCGUGUAAGGCAGGGAAGGUGGAGGGGGCUCUGGUGCUGAUAAGGAGGAUGGUGGACGAUGAGGUGCCGGCGCUGCUGUCGACACACGUGUACGUCAUUGAUUCGCUGCUGGGAAAGGGGUUUUACUCGCAGGCGGUAAAGUUUGUGAGGAGUUUUAGCGGGAGGGACACGUGGCUGGACACGGAGAGUUUUGGGAGCUUGGCCAAGAAGCUGAUUAAGUUGAGGAGGCUUAAGGAGGCUAAACUGGUUUUUGAGGAAAUGAAUGCGAGGGGUUUAGUGAUUGGUGAUAAAUUGAAGGAUUCUUAUGAGAAGAUUAAGAAUUAUGAUUAAAAUUUGAUUGGGUUAUCCAUACCAUUUUGGGUCCACCACUUAUUGAGUAGUUAUCCCUUUGAUUCUUUGGUUGUAUAUAAAUUACUUGAAAUAUUGAAAGGUAGUUUGAAGUGCUUAAAUAAUAAACCAGAUUACGUAUCUUGUUUUAA